CGUUCAUUUCGUGUACUACAGCGCAGGCACGCCAUUUGCGCACUGCUGGUUGGUCGUCGACCGCCAAAACUUGGACAACUUAACCAAGCGUCAAUCGACGGACGCUUAAAGUGCAUCUCCACACAAGAAUUCACGCAAUAAUCGAACGCCGCGUGUAAGUUUAAGUGUAACGCGACGUGUGAAUGAGUCCCACGAGACGCGUGCGCUCGUCACACAUCGCGUCAUAAUUCGUGUGCUUGCAUCGGCUGCGGCGACGGCGACGUCGCGCGCGGCUCCGUCGAGGAAGGCCGACCGACCGCACGGUUGGAUCGAUGUUCGGUCUGUCGUUGUACAGCGAAUUACUGCACGGUUCCGCACAACGGACUUGGGAUUGCGUGGCGCGCGUCGUCGGCGUGCUCUGGCAUAGGGUUCUACAAGGCUUAGGCGACAUCAACAAUAUGCCCCGCUCCAGAAGGAGACACCAUUCCAGAUCGAGGUCCCGGUCGAAUUCGCCCGAUCGCGAACCGAAGCGGCGCAAGGUCGUCGAGAGCUUCGAAAGUCCACCACACAACCGCAGAUCUGUUAGCUCGGAGCCAGAGGCCAAUGAAAUCGAAAAUGUCGACGCACAAGGUGCACAGCAUUGUGAUAACACCGUAAAUCUCGAUUCCGAUUCGUCGCUACUGGACAAAUCAAAUGCGAGUGAGCCCGGCGGUGGUGGUGGUUCAACUCCGAAUAAAACACCGCUUAAGAAUCCGCUCACGCCCAAGCAGCUGCAAAAACGGCUCGAGUCCGAGAAAAAGAAGGCGGAAAAACAGCGCGAAAAGGAUGAGAGGAAUUUAAAAAAGCAGCAAGAACGCGAUGCGAAACAAAAACAGCGACAGAUUGAGAAAGAUGCGAAGGAGGCAAAGGCCCGAGAGGAGCGUGAAGCUAAACAACUAGAAAAAGACGCUAAAGAGGAGGUAAAACGUAAAGAAAGAGAGAAAAAGGAAUCAGAACGGUUAAAAAAACAAGCGGAAGUUGAUGAGAAAAACCGAGAGAAGCAAAAGUUGGAGGAGAAGAAACAGAAAGCCGCCGCGGCGUUUACAAAGUUUUUCGUGCCGAGAAAAUCCACUGGUGAGGUUAAAAAAGAACCACCAGUGCAGAAUAAUAAUAAUUUCAUGCCGUUUCAAUUGAAAAGCGACAUGAGAUUAGCGCCAGCAUCAAGAAACACAUUAAACAACGAAGGAAAAGAACAUUUAGAACAAAAAAUGUCAAAACAAGACCAAACCCCAAAAGAAUAUCUCAAAAAUUUAAAGGUAAAUGCUCGUAGUAGUGGUAAAACAUGGUUAUGGACCACUGAUGACGUUGUCCUCAUUGAAAACGAGUCGAAUUUAAACAAAAACAUCUCGAAUGCCAAGAUAUCAGUAAAACUCCGCGCGAAAUUCUUGAAAUUCCACGAGAAUCGCCGCCCGGCUUAUUUCGGCACAUGGCGUAAAAAAUCCACAAAAAUCAAACCUCGUACACCAUUCGGGCAGGAUAAUAAAAUCAUCAACUACGAAAUCGAUUCAGAUGAUGAAUGGGAAGAGGAAGAAGAAGGUGAAGACAUCGCUGGAUCAGACGACGAAGAGAAAACCCCAGAGGAAGAAAACGACUACGAAGUGGAUGAUGAAUUUUUCGUCCCGCAUGGACACCUGAGUGACGACGAAGAAGACGACCAAGAAAACAUAACACCCGAGAUGCGCAAAGCGAAAGAGAAGCUACUAAAAAAUCAAUUUGAUGAAGAGCGGAAAUUAUUAACCAAAAGGCUAAAACCACGUGUGAUUGGGUGUAUUUGGUAUGGGAAUAACAACAACAAUGAAGAUGGCGUCGUAGAUCAUGCCAUACACACAUUCCUACAACCUUAUAAGAUAAUCUCCAAAGGUAUCGUGGAGAUUAAAAAAAUGGUUGAUUUUGAGGAUAAAAAAGACAAGCGGAAGAACAAGAAGAAGUGGCAGUUGGAUAAGCAACACAUGCCGGAUUUAUUAAGAUUGGUGCAUGGCAACACACAGAAUAAAAAUAUGUUAUGUGCGAUGUUCUAUGAUCACUUAGAGCGGAAAAAAGCGGAUGUGAUUGUUAAUAAAGUAGGCAUGAUAAGAUUGAUUAAAUCCGUCGCGAAAUACUCUGUAUGCACACAGAAAGGGCCCAUGUUUAAGAAGAGGUGUUGGCUUGUCAAUGACACAACACUUGAUGAGUAUAAUUUAAGUUUGAAGAUGCCCAAUGAUUGGCAGAGGUUAAAAGUCAGUGAAAGAACGCAUCGUUCCAGACAAUACGAUCGAGGAUCAAGCGGUGAGAGGCGAUAUAAACGCAGUCACCGACGCUCGCCGACGUCCAAGAAGCACCAUCGGCGUCGCCAUGAGAGGUCGGCGUCAAAACGCCGGAAACACGCGCGCAGGUCGUACUCGGACGACAAGAUCCAAACCAAAAUGGCGCACUGGCCGAAUCGGCAGCGCGAGGCCGCCGCGCGUAUAUUCGCGCUCGCGCUCCCGCCGGCCCGCCCGCCGAAUGCCAAGAUAUCAGUAAAACUCCGCGCGAAAUUCUUAAAAUUCCACGAGAAUCGACGUCCGGCAUAUUUCGGCACAUGGCGUAAAAAAUCCGCACAAAUCUCAGCUCGUACUCCAUUCGGACAAGAUAACAAAAUGUUUAAUUACGAAAUUGAUUCAGAUGAUGAAUGGGAAGAAGAAGAAGGUGAAGACAUCGCCGGGUCAGACGACGAAGAGAAAACCCCAGAGGAAGAAAACGACUACGAAGUGGAUGAUGAAUUCUUCGUCCCGCAUGGACACUUGAGUGACGACGAAGAAGACGACCAGGAAAACAUAACACCCGAGAUGCGCAAAGCUAAAGAGAAGCUACUAAAAAAUCAAUUCGAUGAAGAGCGGAAAUUAUUAACCAAAAGGCUGAAACCACGUGUGAUUGGUUGCAUUUGGUAUGGGAAUAACAACAACAAUGAAGAUGGUGUUGUAGAUCAUGCCAUACACACAUUCCUACAACCUUAUAAGAUAAUCUCCAAAGGUAUCGUUGAAAUUAAAAAGAUGGUUGACUUUGAAGAUAAGAAAGACAAGCGGAAGAACAAGAAGAAGUGGCAGUUGGAUAAGCAACACAUGCCGGAUUUAUUAAGAUUGGUGCAUGGAAACACACAGAAUAAAAAUAUGUUAUGUGCGAUGUUCUAUGAUCACUUGGAGAGGAAAAAAGCGGAUGUGAUUGUUAAUAAAGUAGGCAUGAUUCGGUUGAUUAAAUCCGUCGCGAAAUACUCUGUAUGCACACAGAAAGGGCCCAUGUUUAAGAAGAGGUGUUGGCUUGUCAAUGACACAACACUCGAUGAGUAUAAUUUAAGUUUAAAGAUGCCCAAUGAUUGGCAGAGGUUGAAAGUGUAGAUUUAUCAUCUCGCAAAAUAAACAACGUUCUUUUAAUGAUAA